CUUUCAAUCACCCACAAAGUAUGACAAGAGCUUCAACACCUCCUCUAGAGAGCAGGAACGGAGAUCACCAGGCACCGUCUCUACCUAAUACACCCCUCGCAAAGCGCGUCAAAACCGACAACAACCACGACAACGACAACAUGGCUUCAGAAGCCCCCGCCGUUCCCAAACUCACAUCGACCUCGCAACCUCCGCUCCUGAUCAAGAAACUCUCCGCGGAUGCGACGACUCCGACGCGGGGAUCGUCGUUCGCCGCCGGCUACGAUCUGUACGCAGCCAAGCCCAUCACCAUCCCGUCGCGAGGCAAGGCUCUGGUCUCUACCGAUCUGUCCAUCGCGACACCCGAGGGCACGUACGGCCGGAUCGCACCCAGAUCAGGCCUGGCGGCCAAGAACUUCAUCGACACGGGCGCCGGGGUCAUCGAUGCGGACUACCGUGGCGAGGUCAAGGUGCUUCUGUUCAACCACAGCGAAGUUGAUUUCGAGGUGAAGAAGGGAGACCGCGUCGCACAACUUGUCCUCGAGCGGAUAUAUACUCCUGAGAUUGUCGAGGUGGAGAACCUCGAAGAGAGUGUCAGAGGCGCUGGCGGAUUCGGGAGUACAGGCAGUUAAGAAUCCCAGUAUGUGAUACAUGCCCCAUUCAUGAGGUGGACGGAUGGUGUUGUCAUUGUCAAUCACCAGAGGCGUCAGGAUCAAGGAUAGACAAAGAUUAUGGAGUCACGAGUGUGAAAAUGCCCGAACCACAGAAUAGAAGUCACUUUGCCGCACUGUACGGCGAUGAGCUCAAAGAGAAAACGUCAAACUAAAAAGGAGUUCAGGUUCAGGUUUGAAGCUGUAGUAUGCAAAGUGCUUGUUCUCCCAAGCAUCUAUCUACUGUAUGAUGCUCUAUUUCUUUUCA